CGCUCCUCAUCUCCGGCCCGCGGCUGGGUCCGCACCGGCUCGGGAGGGAACCGCUCGGGUGCCACCGCCGCCGCCACCGCCGCCGCCGCCGCCGCCCCAGGGGGAGCGCGGACGCCGCGACGACAGGGAGGCGGAAGGAGGACACGCUCGCUCGCCGGCGCGGAGCCCCGAGGGCGGAGCCGCCGCGGGCACGCCCCGCCUCGGGCCCGAGAAGACGUCGCGGGCGACCCCGCCGGCCGGCCGCCGCCCCCCGCCGCGGCCCAGACCCGCCCCCGGCCCCGGCCCCCCGCCGGCGGCAUGGAGGGGCCGCGCUCCUGACGGCCGCGCCCGGCCGCUCCCGCACGCCCCCGCUCGCAUGUCCGCGCCGCGCUAGCCGAGGAUGCUGAGGAUGAAGCUGCCGCCGAAGCCGACGCAGCCCGCCGAGCCGCCGCCCGAGGCGGACGAGCCCGAGGCGGACGCGCGGCCGCGCCGCCGCCGCGACGGUCGCGCCCCGCUGCCGCCGCCGCCGCCGCCCGCGGGCCCGCCGCGGGGACCCCCGGCGCCCCCCGCCGCGCCGCCGCCGCCGCCCGCCCGGGGGCUCGGGCCGCCUGUUGCUGGCGGCGGCGGCGGCGGCGCGGGGCCCGCGGCGGCGCUGCGGGAGCAGGAGCGCGUGUACGAGUGGUUCGGGCUGGUGCUGGGCUCGGCGCAGCGCCUGGAGUUCAUGUGCGGGCUCCUGGACCUGUGCAACCCGCUGGAGCUGCGCUUCCUGGGCUCGUGCCUGGAGGACCUGGCGCGCAAGGACUACCACUGCCUGCGCGACUCGGAGGCCAAGGCCAACGGCCUCUCGGACCCGGGCCCGCUGGCCGACUUCCGCGAGCCCGCCGUGCGCUCGCGCCUCAUCGUCUACCUGGCGCUGCUGGGCUCGGAGAACCGCGAGGCCGCCGGCCGCCUGCACCGCCUCCUGCCCCAGGUGGACUCGGUGCUCCGGAGCCUGCGCGGCGGCCGGGGCGACGACGAGCCGGACGCCGACGGUGACGCCGACGGCGACGGCGACGACGAUGCGGAGCUGGACGGCUCGGGGCCGGAAGGCGGCGGCGGCGGCGGCGGGCUGGGCGCGCGGGCCCAGGAGGAGUUGCUGCUGCUCUUCACCAUGGCCUCGCUGCACCCGGCCUUCUCCUUCCACCAGCGGGUCACGCUGCGGGAGCACCUGGAGCGGCUCCGCGCGGCGCUGCGCGGUGGCCCCGAGGACGCGGAGGCGGAGCCGUGCCGCCUGGCCGGCCCCUGGGCGCAGAAUGACUCUGCUCACGGUGAUUACAUGCAAAAUACCGAGGUCAGUUUGAUAGAACAAGCCCCAAUACCUCAUGGCGGACUUACUGUGGCACCUCAUAGAACUCAGCGAGAAGCUGUACACAUUGAGAAGAUAAUGUUGAAAGGAGUCCAGAGAAAAAGGGCUGACAAAUAUUGGGAGUACACCUUCAAAGUAAAUUGGUCUGAUCUUUCAGUCACAACAGUAACAAAAACCCACCAAGAACUACAGGAAUUUCUACUGAAGCUUCCAAAGGAAUUGUCUUCAGAGACUUUUGACAAGACCAUCUUAAGAGCUCUGAAUCAGGGCUCGUUGAAAAGGGAAGAACGACGGCAUCCUGAUCUGGAACCCAUCCUCAGGCAGCUAUUUUCAACUUCGUCACAAGCUUUUCUACAGAGUCAGAAAGUGCACAGCUUUUUCCAGUCCUUAUCGUCAGAGCCGCUCCACAGCCUCAAUAACCUACAGCCCUCACUGAAGACAUCAAAGAUACUAGAACACUUAAAAGAAGACAGCUCAGAAGCUUCAAGUCAGGAAGAAGAUGUGUUACAGCACACCAUAAUCCACAAGAAGCAUACUGGGAAAAACCCCAUUAUGAACACUAUUGGUACGAGUUGCUCUCCGCUGGAUGGGCUGGCGAUGCAGUAUUCUGAGCAGAACGGGAUUGCGGAUUGGAGGGAGCAGAGCUGUGCCGCCGUGCCGCGUCCAGAGCACUGUGUGACCGUGGUGGGACAGCAGCAUUCAACUGAAAAACGAAGUAUGUCUUCAAUAAAUAAGAAGAAAGGAAAACCACAAAUAGAAAAGGAGAAAAUUAAAACGGACAACAGGUUGACUGGUAGGAUAAACGGCGUUCGGCUCUCCGCUGCUCAGCAUGCCCACGGGGGUCCCGUGAAAGAUGUGAAUUUGGACCUUGGAUCGGGACAUGACACCUGUGGAGAAACAUCCUCAGAGAGCUACAGUUCUCCGUCCAGCCCGCGGCAUGACGGGAGAGAAAGCUUCGACAGCGAGGAGGAGAAGGACCGAGACACCGACAGCAAUUCCGAGGACUCCGGGAACCCAUCCCCGGCCCGCUUUCCAGGCUACGGCGUGAAGCCCCCAGUGCACGCGUCCCCCCUGGGCAGUGACGCCGGCGGGCUGCUGGAGGAGCCCGCACCCUCGCCCAAGUACCAGCACAUCUUCAUGCCGGCCCUCCACUGUGUCGUGCACAACAGUGCCCCCAAGUCCCCAGUGGUGCUUCCUCCCGCCAAGACCACGGACGGCAAGGCCCUGGGCGUGCUGGUGCCCAGCCCCGUGGCGCUGUCUGCCGUCAGGGAGUCUGUGAACUCCGCCCCCUCGGGGCUCCUCGUGCCCGCGGCUUCCCCGGGGGACUCGGACAAGCACCUGGAAUUGCUGGCGUCCCCCCUGUCCCUGCCCGCCCCCUUCCUCCCGCACGGCAGUGCCCCCGCUUUGCACCUGACCAUCCAGAGGCUGAAGCUGUCCCCGCAGGGGUCCCCCGAGAGCUGCGCCGGGACUGGCCCGCAGCCGCCCCCCGGGGGCCUGGGCUCCCCGAAUACUGCCUUUCUCCCCGGCCACGGCCCCGCCAGCUUCCCGGGCUCUCCCGUGGGCACCUCGGACCCCAAGCCCACGUCCCAGGUCGUCGGACUCACCCAGAUGGUGCCUCAGAUGGAGGGGGCGGCGGGGGCCGGCCCCGCGCCUGCCAGCGUGAAGGUCGUCCUGCCCGCGGCCCCGCCGGCAGCGUCCUACACCCUGCCCGGCUCCCCGCUCGCCGCGGCCCCGGCCUCCCAGCCAGCUGCCGCGGGCCUGAGUCCAGCGCCCGCCUCGGUCCCCCCGGCAGUGCCCACCCACACCCCGGGCCCCGCGCCCAGCCCCAGCCCGGCCCUGACCCACAGCACGGCGCAGAGCGACAGCACGUCCUUCCUCAGCGCCGUGGGGAACUCGACCGCCAGCGGGACGAUGCUGCCGCCCCAGCAGCUGGGCUCCGGGCCCUGCGGCUCCUGCGGGCGGCGGUGCAGCUGCGGGACCAACGGCAGCGUGCAGCUCAGCAGCUACUACUACCCCGGCCCCGUGCCCGGGCCCAUGUACCGGGUGUCGCCCUUCUUCACCCUGCCCUCCCUCUGCAAUGGCAGCUACCUCAGCCAAGCACACCAGAGCAACGGGAACCAACUUCCUUUCUUUCUGCCUCAGACUCCGUACGCCAACGGCCUGGUGCCCGACCCGGUGCUGGGCGGCCAGGCCAGCUACGGCGUGCAGCAGCUGCCGGCGGGCUUCGGGCGCUUCUACCCCGUGUACCCGCCGCCCGGCGUCGUGGCCGGCUCGAGCGGCUCCGGGGCCAAGAAGAACGGGAACGUGUCGUGCUACAACUGUGGGGUGAGCGGCCACUACGCGCAGGAGUGCAAGCAGGCGCCCAUGGAGGCCGGCCAGCAAGGCGCUUACAGACUGAGAUACGCUCCUCCCCUCCCCCCUUCCAAUGACACGUUGGACUCUGCAGACUGAAGCGCGUAACGCUUGUCGCCCGGGCACGCUGCGUGCGGGCAGGCUGGGGAGAGGAGGGCGGAGAGGAGACGCGUGUCCUUCGUCUCUGCGCUUCCCAGGCCCGAAGCAGCGGGGACUGACUCGCUUCCCGUGGACGACUGUCCGAACAAAAGAAUGCAUGGGUUUUGUCUCUGGGCCUCUCGUCUCGGGCUCCCCGCAGGCUUCUCUGUGUGACACGGGGGAGUCAGACGCCCAGACGCGCUGUCCGGGGGACGCGGGGUGUGCUUCUUUUACACUGACUACUUGCUGUGUGCAAUGUUUACCGAAUCUUUAAAACUGUGUAUUUGACUGUUUUUGUUUUUGUUUUUGUUUUGACAACACUGGUGAGCGUCCGUGUGGUUUUGAAGAAGCGAGACAUUGCUCCCUGAGCUUCCUCCCUUCGGCCCUGACGGUCACUGUCCCCCCACACCCUUGCCCCUUCCUGGGCCCGUCUCACCCCACCCCCACCGGCCACUGCCCUGCGUCUGAAACGGGGCCCCUGUCUCGCCGUGGCCGAGGGACAGAGGCCGCCUCCCGCACACCUGGGCGCCUCGUGGGAGAGGCCGGGGAAGCCGGAUGAACCCGGGAAAACGCCACGAACCGAGUGGACAAAGCUUUUUCUUAAAGGAAAACCUUUUAUCAGCCUUACCUGGCCUGUUGCUUCCGAGAGACGGAGCGAACCAACCGCGCGAAUGUUCUCCCUGUCUGUAGCGCCCGUCGGCCGCGCCUGUCCCCCCCGGUCCAGUGUUACAUGUCGAGAGUGUGUGGGGCGGCGAGCGGGCAGACGCUGGCUCGAACCCGGCCUCGGGCUCGCUCCCGAGGCUGCAACGGGCGCCCCGGUGUUAAUCAUGUGUGUGUCCGUGCCACUCAGUUCAUGCUGCUGUUUGGGGGAAACCGAGAGCCAAUCUAUGGACUAAACUGCUUCCAGGUCAUUCUUGAUUUCCUAAAGUGCACUGAGGUUACCUGGAAGGGGCGUGUCGCCGCCGGCCCUGGCGGGAGAGGUCAGGGGAGAGGCCCGCCCUCGCUCCGGCUCGGGAGCCGGCAGGUUGCUUAGGCAGGGGGGAAAACUUGAAGAGAAAAGAAGCUUCCUCUCCUGCUUCCUAGGUCGCGUUUCUAUUUAUAGCACCCAUGUACAUUCUGGAACUUCCUUUCAGGGGUGGGGCGAAGGGGGAGGACGCGGGAGGGGGGUGGCGAGGGUAGAUGAAAGCUUUAAUUUAAAAAAGAAAAAGAGUUCGAGUAAAGGAAAUUAUUUUGAUUAAAUAUAUUUUAUUUGAUCUGGGUAUUUUUGGACCACAUUAUUAAAUUAAUUGUUAAGCUGCAGUUGAGUUGUUCAAGUGAGAGUUUUGAUAAGCCACGUCUGGACCGCAUUGUGAAUCACUUGCCAGUUGUACUUUACGGAGCUUAUUUUAUGAUUUAAAAUACUGUACUGUACAUAGGAGGUAUGUUACCUUCUCCUUAUUUGUAUGUUUACCAUAUACUUUGAUAUUUGAAAUGUUAUGUACUGGAAAGGCCACUUAUAUUUCUAGAACAGAUUGGAUUUUAUGCAACCUUUUUUCCUUGAAUUAACAGCAAUAAAAAAGUGA